GAAGCUUUGUGACUACAUCAGGAGUCAGGAUCGGUACCCUUUAGAAGAAUUUUAUGCUGUUUUCAUAUCCAAUGAUAGGAGGAUGGUGAGUCAAUGGGAUGUGAUCAGAAUCAGCUAUGGAAAGGUCGGGCCUUCAGACUGCAGCCCAGUGUAGAUUCCACUCUGGAAGCAGAAAUCUGGACAUGGAGAUGAGCCUGUUGUCUGGGUGCUUCUGGCAGCUGAACACUCGACACUCAAAUUCACAGACCGUGUUACUGCAACAGGACUACCAUGUUAUUCUACUUCAUGUUUCCGGUGGGGAGCAGAACUUCAUUUAUGAUCUUGACACAGUGUUGCCAUUUCCAUGUCCUUUUGAUGUGUACAGUGUGGAGGCUUUUAGGUUGGAUGACAGCAUUCGUCCAGAGUUCCACAGAAAAAUCAGAAUGAUUCGAGCAGAUUUGUACUUGAAGACAUUUGCUUCAGACAGGUCUCACAUGAAGGAUGCAGAUGGGAAAUGGCAGAAACCUCCUCCUCCAUACCCUUGCAUUGAAACUGCAGAUUCCAAGAUGAACUUGGAUGAUUUCAUCAGUAUGAAUCCCGAAGUGGGAUGGGGGUCAGUGUUCUCCCUUUCAGACUUUGUGCAUCGAUUUGGCAGUCAGACUGAUUACAGCUAUUCCUUGGAAGGAUAAAGUGAACAAAGUUCUUCUGGUUCUGAGUGGAUGUGUUUUGUUUUUCUGCUCUUACACUGUAUUUAUGGUUUAUAUUUCUGUAUGUGGAAUGGGUAUUUGGAAAACUAGAACCCCCAGUCAGAAAUAUCAUAGA